AUGGACACAUCUGUGCUGUUUCUUUCUAUUCUGUUAUCCUAUCUUUUGCUGGCUGACUGCUCUGAGCUCCCAUUCCAGGAGAGGAUGCUUCUCAAAGCCUUGGGAUUAAAUGGACGACCGAAACCUGUUGCUCCAGGUCCUGUACCGAAGACCCUGUGGAAAAUUUUUGAGAAGGGUGUUAAUGCAGACAAUCCAUGUAGGAUGGAGGGAUUUCAAGUACCUGGAAAUAUUGUUAGAUCCUACAGAGAUCAAGGGCCUUUAAGCUCCAGCAAUAUGUCUCCUGGACCAUUAUGCCUCAGAAAACACCUCUUCUUUGACCUUUCUGUAGUGGAAACAAAAGAACAAUUAACACUCGGACAACUAGAGAUGAAAUUUAAGCACAACAGGUAUCAAGGGCAGGAAUUCCAGCUUCGAUUGUAUCGUCCUUUGCACAUGGCCUUAAAGAGCAUGAGAGACCACAACACCAAUAGGAAACUUUUGUUUGCUCAGUCAUUCCAACUUCAUCAUAAGUCUCUUUCUUUCAACCUUACAAAGGUGACUCAAGACUGGACCAACAGAAAGAACAAUAUGGGACUCAUUCUGGAAAUAUUUGCCGAUGGUAAUACUAGCAUGGCGAAUCAUGUUUAUUCCUCUUGUGAGCAAGUCCAUUCCUUCAUCCAGGUUUCUUUGCUCACCGUUUCACUCGACCCCACCAGUUGCAAAGCAGCACGUAUCAAGAGAAGCCCAGAACCUUUACUGCCAACUCCCAGCAAUAUUUGCAAAAAGAGGAGACUAUAUAUUGACUUCAAGGAUGUUGGCUGGCAAAAUUGGGUUAUUGCCCCUCGGGGUUACAUGGCUAACUACUGCCAUGGUGAGUGUCCCUAUCCACUGACUGAGAUGCUGAAGGGCACGAACCAUGCGGUCUUGCAGACACUGGUGCACUCUAUAGAGCCAGAAGUAACACCCUUGCCUUGCUGUGCUCCAACUAAGCUCUCACCCAUCUCCAUGCUCUAUUAUGACAACAAUGACAAUGUUGUAUUAAGACAUUAUGAAGAUAUGGUAGUGGAUGAAUGUGGCUGCAAAUGA